AGACUCCUAUUACAUCUACUGAGUCUCCGUUUCAAACUAAUGAGGCAACUUUCAGUUUUCAACCGGCCUUUCCAUCACAGCCUUUCUCUGCACCGGUGACCUUUAGUAAUAACUUUGGUAGUGGAUUAAAUCUAAAUCACCCAACAACUCCACCAAUUUUUAAUAUGAACGGUGAUGGCCAAGUUUUUCAGAAUGGAACGAACACUGAUGUACAAAAAAAUAUACAAUCAAGUAACGUUGAUAGGCCAAUAGCCAAAUUGC